UGGAAGCGGCGGGAGAAGUGGUCCCCAGGGGAGACUGUACAAGCCAAACAAUUAUCGUAAAAAUAAUGUUAUUCUUCAGUGAGAAACAUCGGGAUGUUGAUCACUAAUGGAUCCUUGAAUAACAGGGAAUUGUUUGAGAUUAUUUACGCGAGUUGAAUUCCACAUUUUUGGAGGAAUAUUUGGAGUAGUGUAUUGUGGUAUACACAGGGCAUACAGGGAGUGGUGCAUUGUGGUUAGACUCGGGGAGUCAUUCGCCUCAGGUGCAUCGGGUAAUUGAGAAUAAUAAUAUCGAAUCAUGUCUGAUCAGGGGAGAUGCACACCUGAGCGCAAGGUGCUUGGGGAAUUGAGCAAUGUUAAAGAGCCAAUAUCACCUACAGCUAAUUUGAGGCUUUUAACUUCACUCGCUUCCAAUCUCAAAAGUGCAGGGGAAGUUAGUCAACAGGGUGGAUCUCAGAGGAGGGAUUCACCUGUUCCCUCAGGUUCUGGUGGCUCCAAACUCCUACCGAGGAAGCAGAAAUCACUGGGGUUGUUAUGUAAUAAAUUUUUAAAUAUGUAUCCACUCAACAUGGAGCAUGGAGCUCCAAAAGAAAUAUCUCUGGAUGGAACAGCGCGAGCGCUGGGCACAGAAAAACGGAGAAUUUACGAUAUAAUAAAUGUUCUUGAGAGUCUGGAGAUGGCAGCGAAGGCUGGGAAGAAUCGCUAUCUCUGGCACGGUCAGAGUGCUCUAAUUGGGACAUUAACGAGACUCAAAUCUACUGCAAUAAGAAUCGGUAUGAGAGAGCAGAUACAGGAGAUUCAGAGGAUUAACAAGGCGUACACUGGGGAGCAGUGUGAUGCAUCGCCUGGGAUUUCGGAUUUGACAAUGUCCUUUGAGGAGACUGCUGAGGAGGAGAGCCUUGGGGAUUGUGCUAUCAAAGAGGACAAGAGCCUGGGGGCUAUGUGCCAGAAAUUCGUGAUGCUGUUUCUUAUUUCUAUGAAGAAUGGAGUAAUUAAUUUAGACAUUGCUGCAAAAGUUUUAAUUGGUGACGUGGACGAUCAAACGCCUGAAAUAACUGACAACGCCUCGAGAUCUCGUUCUAAGACUAAAGUACGUCGUCUAUAUGACAUUGCCAAUGUUCUGACUGCAAUUGGACUGAUUAAGAAGGUGCACAUGGACGAAAGGACCAUCAGAAAACCAGUAUUCAAGUACGUGGGCCCUGACGUCGAGGUUGCAGACACUGAUACAGAAACCCCAACUAGAGAGAUUCGACAUCACACGCCAAUUGGAAUGUCGACUCCAAACAAAUCGGGGGGAAGUGCACCUCUUCAAGGACUGAGUCUCAACACUCUGAGCAACACUCGAUGCAAAACAUUUAUUGGUGACACUGACAAGACUCCUAUCACUGACAAACGUAAACCUCGUAAACGUAAAUUAUUUGACACAGACUCUUCCUUCCCCCGCACCCACAGCACUCCAAAUUUCGAAAAGAAGAGUCGCUCUCUGGAGCGCCUGGACGAUUCGAUUCUGCGAGUGGCAGAGAUGGAGCUCGAGAGACUGAACUCCAGUGAGGAGAGCAAGCCAAAAGUCUGCACCAAACUAUUCCCAAGAUACAACUCCGACUCGUGCAUUUCAGCCGCAACUGCCCCCAUAAUGGUACAACAACUUCAGAGUCCCGGUACUUCACUGGUGAAUCCACAAUUACAAGUGACAAAUGUUCCUUUGAUAAUUGUCAGCAAGGAGAAUGUUGUUGGCUCAACCGCCGAGGAAAUCCCCCAGAAGUCCACUGCCUCGACCUCGAAAUUGCAGGCGCCAACGAAGAGAAUUAUAACUCCAACAGCAAAACGAUUGGAAUCCAAGAUUCUGAUACAGAAUACAACCCCCAAGAGUAUAGUUAAAUUAGUCCCGCUGACGAGUGUCCCAAAAUUCAGGACUAUUCAGCCAACGAUACCAUCUGAGAAGACCUCACAGCCAAAAGUGAUAAAUCUAUCGAGCUUCGAUCCCAAGAAAUUAAUUUCCAUCAAACGAAGUGAUAUAAAACUCUCCCUUGCCCCAGUGACUCCAGUUGUCCUGGAAAAUUAUUCAAACAAUAAUAACACCUCGAGCUUUGCGAUAAUAACGACGAUUAAAGCACCAAUAGUGUCACCUGGUGAUACGUUCGAAGCUGUCAAAAUCGGCGAUACACUGCAGCUAGUCCCGAUGAGAAAAAACAAUACUGAUAAGGCAAAUCAUGGUACUUUUAAUGCUUCCAGUUGAAGAUUUAAAAAUUUAUUUAGACGUUAGAUCCAAUGUAAUUGGGCAAUCGAAUUGGGUGAUUCGAUGUUUAUGAAUUUAAUGUGAAAAUUUAAUGAGGGAAAAAAUCAUGAUUUAUUUUUUAUUGUAGUAGAUGAAUUUAUAUCUAUGUUUUGUAUAUACAAAGUGACUAAUUUUUUUUUCGGCCCAGGGUCGAGUUGUUACACGAAUUUAUAAUACAUUUAAUUACUUGGAGUCUA